CAACCUGAUUGCUUCCUUAGCCAGCCAAGAAGACCACAAAGUUCAACAAUGGCCAUCACUGACAUCCUUUCUGCUAAAGAUAUUGAAUCUGCUCUCUCCAGCUGCCAGGCUGAUGAUUCCUUCAACUACAAGUCUUUCUUCUCCAUGGUUGGUUUAUCCAGCAAAACUCCUGAUCAGAUAAAGAAGGUUUUUGGAAUCCUGGAUCAGGACAAGAGUGGUUUCAUUGAAGAAGAGGAGCUGCAGCUGUUUCUGAAGAAUUUCUCCUCGAGCGCCAGAGCUCUCACCUCGGCGGAGACCAAGGCUUUUCUGGCUGCAGGUGACACUGACGGUGAUGGCAAAAUUGGAGUGGAAGAAUUCCAGUCUCUGGUGAAGGCAUAAACAGCAUUAGACCAAAGGCAACCUUGGACUGAUUCUUCCAAUUACCUCGUCCAACAAGCACUUCGCACUCAGCAUGUGUUUGUACAUUUUUAUAUUGUUUCAGGCAUUAACAGUUCCCCACACAGCAAGUUCACACACACUGGAUUGCUGAGAAAUCCUUCAAUGUUUUGGUCACGUGGUAUUGUUACAUGUCCAUUGUAACGAAGGCACUUCGUGAUUUUUCAACCACUCAUAAUGCUGAAAUUGUGGCUGGAAAUGGGAAGAAAA